AAACCACAUACAUAAAUUUCCCAGCCUAUCGCUUGAGACCUGCAUUACGAACUGCAAACAGGUCUUAAACUAUAGGAUUAUAGGACUAUAGUUGAAUCCCCACACGAGUUCAUGUUUACUUAGGUAAAUAUCAUGAGAACCUUGAAGCAUGUCUGAUAAGCAGCAACCGAAGCAACAGCAACAGCAGCAGCAACAACCUCAACAGCCUCGUCAAUUACGCCGAGAGCUAGUAAAGGGCAGACUGCGGCCACCGUCAAAGCCAGCAUCGAAUACAUCAUAUACCCUCGCCCCCGCAUCUAUCAAAGAGGUUACAGUGAGACGUCCAAGCGAGAGACACUCGACCCAAAGUCCUAUUGAGAUAUCGUCCGCGGCGACGGCUCAGCCGUUUGUAGACCCCGCCGUUCUGGAACGUCACAGACGCAUCGGCGGGCCGACGUGAUCUCCCUGCAGGAUUUCCGGCUUGCAACUUGCAGCUGUAUAGGCUAUCCUGGCUAUCUCGCACUUAUAUGUGACCUCUGCGCAUGAGAGGAUGCAGCUAGCUAAUCUCAAGGUUGGGAAGUGGAGGGGCUUGCCGAGAUAAUGUCGAUCU